AUGACCGAUUUGAUCGGCUCCCAAGACAACCUCCAUGAGGAACCAUCAUUUCUCAACUCUUCUCGGAAUAUCCUAGGAGUCGUUAUAAGCGGAAUGGUGCUGCAGUGGAUUUGUGCCCUACUACGACUCUACACUCGAUUCUUUAUCAUCAAGUCGCCUUGGUGGGAUGACCUCUUUGUUGUCCUAGCACUUGCCGCCACAAGUGCCGGUUCGAUAGCAAUAUGCCUUUCGACUACUGUGGGCUUCGGACAGCAUUUUAUUCUUCUCGGAGAACAAAAGAUGUCUGAAUAUCUAAGAAUCUUCUACAUCGCCAACGCCACAUACCCAAGCUCUGCAGGUUUCAUCAAGCUUGCUCUGCUAUUCCAGUUCCUCCGAAUUUAUGAGAAGGGCUCACGCUUAUGGUAUACUACCGUUGGGACUAUCGUCAUUGUUUUCGCAUGGUGUAUAGGAUAUGGUAUUCUGGGCUGGGUACCAACGAUACCUAUCCAGGCCUACUGGGACCUCACACUUCCUGCAACACGAUAUGCGUUCGGCUCUCUCGAAGUCGAAACGUUCGUCUACACUUAUACGAGCUUGACUGCAACCAAUAUGAUCCUGGACAUCAUCAUCCUCGCUAUUCCUGCACCAUUGCUACUGUACAACAAGACCAGCAGCACAAAAUCGCGAUGGGCGCUGAUCUGCCUUUUCAGCAUCGGCAGCAUGGCCAGCAUUUUCUCCAUAUGGCGUCUUGCGUCCAUUAUCGAAACACGAGCCGCGACCUACCCGACAUUCGAUCCCACCUGGUACGGCCCUACACCAAUCGUCCUCGCCGCUCUCGAGGUAGAUGUCGCUACAAUAUGCGCUUCUUUGCCUGUCUUUUGGCCAGUUCUUCAAAAUAUCGACAUGUCUCAGAUCCUGGUGACGCGUGAGGUCAAAGUGACGCUCGAGCACCGCCGCCUCAGCACCGGCGGCACGGAUAACGACCCUGACGACGACGGGAUCGAGCUCCAGAGGAGCAAGAGCGGGCUCCAGGCCCAGAGCAGCAAGAACUACUACGAGGAUCCUUACGUUGCGCAGCAGGUCAACCCGUUCAAGGAACCGGAGGAGUUUGGUACCAGGGCGGAGAUAAACAACAACAACACGUCCCACGGUGCUAGGCACUUGCGAAAGGAGAGUGUGAAGAGUGUCUCGAAAAUAAGAGCUUCUAGCAGUUUCGCUUGA